AUGAGAUCCCACGCAUAUCGCAGUUUAAUCUCCCCCCUCAGGCCCCAAGUGACACCUCUCCGUCUAGCGUCGACCUUGUCAUCUCGACCCUUGUCCAGUUCGGCCAAGCAUCCCCGAUCCAAGGCAGUUCCCAAGACCAUUAGAGCUGUGUCUACUAUCCCAUUCAUUGGUGCCUUUUUUAGUUCCAAUCGUAACACCGACUCUUCUGCGACCAUGUCAUACCCCGAUCAGCGAAGCGACGACCAGUGGAGAGCCGUUCUCAACCCAGAACAAUUCCGAAUCCUCCGCGAGAAGGGAACGGAGCGCGCCGGCACUGGUGAAUACGAUGCCCAUCACCCGUCAAAGGGCGUUUACAACUGCGCGGGCUGUGAUGCACCCCUCUAUACCGCGGAUCACAAGUUCAAGUCUGGCUGUGGCUGGCCUGCAUACUUCGACUCUAUCCCCGGGGCUGUGACCAGACACGUGGACAACACUUUUGGCAUGAAGCGAACGGAGAUCGUCUGUUCCAACUGCGGGGGUCAUCUCGGCCAUGUUUUUGAGGGCGAGGGUUACCCAACCCCCACAGAUGAGCGUCAUUGUGUCAACAGCGUGAGCCUGCGGUUCACCGAGGAUGCCCCCAAAGAGCCGAAGUCCAAGGCUUGA